CCACAUCCUCGGUUGUUUCUCCUCCUCUUCCUCGCCCUCCUCCCAUGGAAGAGAUGGAAGAGGAGCUCAAGUGUCCCGUCUGUGGCUCCUUCUACCGGGAGCCGCUCAUCCUGCCCUGUUCGCACAACCUCUGCCAGGCCUGCGCCAGGAACAUCCUGGUCCAGACGCCGGAGGCCGAAUCCCCGCAGAGCCGUCGCCGCCGCGCUUCCGGCUCGGCCUCCACCGCAUCGGGCGACUAUGACUACCUGGACCUGGACAAGAUGAGCCUCUACAGCGAGGCCGACAGCGGCUACGGCUCCUAUGGGGGCUUUGCCAGCGCCCCGCCGACCCCUUGCCAGAAGUCGCCCAACGGCGUGAGGGUUUUCCCGCCGACGUUGCCGCCACAACCGCCGGGUUCAGGAGCCACGGGAGCUUCGUCGUCGUCAUCAUCCUCACACCUUCACCCUCCAGGCUCGUCACUGGCCCCGGUGCCCCGCAACGCAUGCCUAACUUGCCCACAAUGCCACCGCAGCCUCAUCCUAGAUGAGCGGGGUCUGAGGGGCUUCCCAAAGAACCGGGUGCUGGAGGGCGUCAUCGACCGCUACCAGCAGAGCAAGGCGGCCGCCCUGCGGUGCCAGCUGUGCGAGAAGGCACCCAAGGAGGCCACCGUGAUGUGCGAGCAGUGCGACGUCUUCUACUGCGACCCCUGCCGCCUGCGCUGCCACCCACCCCGGGGCCCUUUGGCUAAGCACCGGCUCCUGCCCCCGGCACAAGGCAGGGUCAGCCGCCGACUCAGCCCACGCAAGAUCUCCACCUGCACCGACCAUGAGCUGGAGAACCACAGCAUGUACUGCGUCCAGUGCAAGGUGCCCGUCUGCUACCAGUGCCUGGAGGAGGGCAAGCACAACAACCAUGAGGUCAAGGCCCUGGGUGCCAUGUGGAAGCUCCAUAAGAGCCAGCUCUCUCAAGCCCUGAACGGCCUCUCCGACCGAGCCAAGGAAGCCAAAGAAUUCCUGGUGCAGCUACGGAACAUGGUGCAGCAGAUCCAGGAGAACAGCGUGGAGUUUGAGGCCUGCCUUGUUGCUCAGUGCGAUGCGUUGAUCGAUGCCCUCAACAGGAGGAAAGCCCAGCUGCUCUCCCGGGUCAACAAGGAACACGAGCACAAGCUGAAGGUGGUGCGAGACCAGAUCUCUCACUGCACCGUGAAGCUGCGUCAAACCACCGGCCUCAUGGAGUACUGCCUGGAAGUCAUCAAGGAGAACGACCCCAGCGGAUUCCUACAGAUUUCCGAUGCACUGAUCCGGAGGGUCCACCUGACCGAGGACCAAUGGGGCAAAGGCACGCUCUCCCCCCGGAUGACCACCGAUUUUGACCUGAACCUGGACAACGCCCCAUUGCUGCAGUCCAUCCACCAACUUGACUUCGUGCAGAUGAAAACUUCCUCCCCAGUGCCGGCCGCUCCGUUCCUCCAGCUGGAGGAGUGCUGCACCCACAACAACAGCGCCACCUUGUCCUGGAAGCAGCCGCCGCUCUCCUCGGUGCAGGCGGAGGGAUACAUCCUGGAGCUGGACGAUGGGAACGGCGGUCAAUUCAGGGAGGUGUACGUCGGGAAGGAAACCAUGUGCACCGUGGACGGCCUCCACUUCAACAGCACCUACAGCGCCCGGGUCAAGGCCUUCAACAAGAGCGGGGUCAGCCCUUACAGCAAGACAUUGGUUCUCCAGACCUCCGAAGACUCGGAGCCCGAGGAGCAGGCCCUGACUUUCCCUGUGCCUUUGGAAAGAUUGCAGCUGCGUAGAUCCACCCCUUUCUCUUCGACCCUUAACCUGCAAAACAGCUUCCCGGGGAGAUCCUACUUUGAGCUCAGGAACUCAUCCCACCACCAAAUGACCUUGCAUUCCUCUUUACAAUCCCUGAAUUCAGCUGGUUAUGAGACUCAGUCGGGACCUUUCUCCCAAAUCGUUGACAUUAAAAAGCUGGUCGCAGUGGCCUGGUUCUCCUUCGACCCCAGCACAGCUCAUUCGGACAUCAUCUUCUCCAACGACAACUUGACCGUCACUUGCAACAGCUACGAUGACCGGGUGGUGCUGGGCAAGACGGGCUUCUCCAAAGGGCUCCACUAUUGGGAGCUGUCCAUCGACCGCUAUGACAACCACCCGGACCCGGCCUUCGGAGUGGCCCGGAUGGAUGUCCUCAAGGACGUCAUGCUGGGGAAGGACGACAAGGCCUGGGCCAUGUACGUGGACAACAACCGCAGCUGGUUCAUGCACAACAACUCACACACCAACAGGACCGAAGGUGGCAUCACCAAAGGGGCGACAGUUGGAGUCCUGCUGGACUUGAACAGGAGGACUGUGACGUUCUCCAUCAAUGAAGACCAGCAGGGACCAGUGGCCUUUGAGAACCUGGAAGGCGUCUUCUUCCCCGCUGUCAGCCUGAACAGAAAUGUUCAAGUGACGCUCCACACCGGUUUGCCCGUCCCGGAUUUCUACAACGCGCGGGGCUCCAUGCAGUGAAGUGCAACCGCCUGCCCCGUGGCUUUUUCUCAGGACUCACCGAGAGAGCCGCGCUUUGGGUUUUCUCAAGGAACAGACCUCAUUGGAGAAAGGAGGGGAAGAUCUGGCUGUGUGGAAACUCCGGGUUCUCAACAAAUAGAACAAAAGAACCCUAUUUUUGAAGGAACAAAAUAGAAAAAGGGGUAGCAUCCAGAAGUUCCCUUUUGGCCUCUCCGAACCCCAUGUGCUUUGUGCCUGUGUGUUUUGCGCUGCUCGUUUCCCCCUCUUUUUGGCUGACUGCAAGAAAGCCCCAGAUCAAAAUGUCAACUCUUUUGGGUCUAAGUCCAUUCUGAGAUGGACCCUGGAUUUCCAUGAUGAACGACAAAGUCCUUAGAUAGCCAAGAAAAAACUGUCAGUUUUGAGGGGGAUCUGGGUUUCCUUCCAUUUUGGAAUCCCUUCCAAAAAUGGGAACUGAAUUCCCAUGAUGCAAUCUCCUUGAGUCAUUCAGAUAUCCCGACCUGAAGGAUCCAUCCUUCUCAAAACCAGAAUUCAGAAAAUGAGCAUCCGGCAAGAAACGCAUUUCCUGGGUUGACUUUCUCUCCUCGGUUUCCCUCCUUGUGGCCUUCCUUGCUGAAUUCCACAGCAUCAGAAACAUUGGCCUUGGAUUGCCACUUACUCUACAUACAAAGCCAUGUCGAACGAACCAAGUGAAAUCAGAUUUUUCUUUUAAUUUUUCAUGCUUUUCUCUGGUCAAAGCAGAAAUAUGGGUCCAAAAGGUAAUGGGAUUUGGGGCCCAGAAUGGGACAUUGGUUCUCUUUUUUCCCCCCUGGAAACAGGAGACAUGACUCUGACACAUUCUUGCUGCAGAGCAUUGCUUUCCAAUUUCAUACUUUUUAACAAAUGUGGCAUUUUUCGGUGACGGAAGAUCUCACGGUGCUUCAUCAACAGAAGAUCAGCUCUGGAAAAUGAUGACAUUUAUGAGAAACCAUUGGUUCAUGCCUUCUUUGGAAGGAAUGGAGCCGCCAUGCUUGUCUUUCAUGUUUCUGCUGCUUUUGCAUUUGAGAUGGUCUCUAUUUUUUUCUUGAAUAGCAAAUGGUGCGCACAGGUUGUGACAGCAGGGAGUCCCAAAGGCUAACCCUUUUCUCUUUGUGCUCCAAGAGAACAAAAAGUCCAGGAAGAAAUGGUUUUGAGUGGAAGAAGAUAGCAACAAAAAUGGGAAAGAGUAUAGUAUAGAAAAGCAAUGUCUUAAUGUAUUGUCGAAGGAUUUCAUGGCAGGAAUCACUGAGUUGUUGUAGGUUUUUUUGGGCUAUAUGGCCAUGGUCUAGAGGCAUUCUCUCCUGACGUUUCGCCUGCAUCUAUGGCAAGCAUCCUCAGAGGUAGUGAGGUCUGUUGGAACUAGGA